AUGCCUUCCAGACUCAGCAAACGAGCCAGAAAUGACCCUAGGAGUGAAUCUCCUCUCACUCCUGUCCCUGAGGAGGACCCCCAGCCGCAGGAUACACCCAAGCAUGCCCCAGAGUCUCCUCUCGAUGCCAAAAUCGAAGAUCCAGCCCAGGAAACAGUUCCAGCCCCUGAGCAGCCAGAGGCAGCAGGACAAGCAGAAAUCACCGAAAACAUCCAAUCCGAGGCUGUGAAGGCCAGACUGGCCCUGAGGUGCCAGGCUGAGAACAAGGCCUGCCUGACUGCUGGGCAAGAGACCAGGGACAAAUGGGCAAGCAAACAUUGUUCUAAAGGUUCUUCAAAGUGUUCCCACUGUGUUGGGGUGGGCCAGCCCUCCAGCUUUGUACCCAAGGCCAGGAGCUCAAGAAUGGCGACGAGAUACAGCCCUGGUGACAAGCAAGAGAUGGUUUCGUUGGCUGAGGAAUGA